CAAUUAGACCAGGACACCGUCGGAUGCUCUCUCGCACGACGCUGAGAUGUGUACAAGGCAGGCUAUGCCGGAUAGCGCCUGCUGCACAUCGUGGUCAAUCCUCAACAGCUGCCACUGAUGCAACUCAGAGUCAGCCGAAAAGCGAUGCAUGGACACCGACUGUCUCUACGGCCGUUGACAGACCGGACAGCAGCAAGCGUAUCAUCCCAGAAGCGAUAGAGGCAAAACGAGGCAGUAAGACACUACACAAGAUUCCUCGCGUGACGCCCUUACCGACACAUCAUUUCACGCCGCGACGUGCAUCACGCGGUCAACCAACCAGUCUUGAUUAUGAAAAGAUCAUUAGCCAUUUAGCAACGAACAAGUCACCAGCGACGCAGUUCAAUGCUGAUUUGUUGGCAUUUGAACUCUUCAAGGAGAUGUUGGAGCAUCAGGUCGCUCCAUCCCUGCAAACCCUCAAUAUGGUCCUACAACUUGCUUGCGAGGGCCCCGAUUCAGAUCGUGUGAGCUGGGUAUUGGAUAUUCUACAGAAACACUGGAUCACAUUGCAGAGUCGUCAGUAUACCCAAAUUGCGCAACACUAUGCGAGAACUGGGCAAUUCGAGCUUGGUCUUGUGUUUCUGUCAAAGGAGGCGGAUGUUGCUGGGAGGAUGAUACCGACACAGGCGUAUAGUGCACUGUUGCGAGGCAUGCUGCAGCGCAAUGAGCUGGACGGUGCACUUGAGGUGCUUCGUAUUGUCGAUGGUGAGCCUCAACCAGGCGAUGCAUUGACAAAAGCCUCUUUUGUCACUUACCCGUGGAAUAACUCAGAUGCACUCGAAGCAUUGACAGCAUUUGCCAUUGAAAGACAUGCUCAAGGCUUGGAGUUUGCUUGGCGGCUCUGCACACAAGGUCGUAAAGUCAUGAUGGAUGCUGACCUCUGUCGUCGAGUGCUGUUUGUGACGAGCCAGUUGGGUAUGCCGUUGCUCGCUACAGACGUCAUGAAGUACAUGGCCGUCCGGAAUAUGGCCAUCGGAGCACCGGAGUACGCAAGACUCCUGAUGGCCUACACGACGGCUGGCGAUAUCAAAGUGGGCUUCUCUGUGCUUUCUGUGAUGCGAUCAGCGGGCGUUGCUCCCUUACCCACCACGGCGAGUGCCAUCCUACGAGUCAUCUCAAGAGACCUCGAUACGGUGGAUCGUGCAUGGUUCACGCUACUGGAUUUGAAGGAAAGCGGUGCGACAGUUGACGUAGCAGCUGUCAACUGUAUCAUCCAAGCAUCUGUCCUGAGGAAUGACCUCAGCCGUGCAAUGGCAACCUACAAGGAAUCAGUCAUGUCGGCAGAAGAAGGUGGUCUGGGUAUCAAGCCCGACAUCACCACCCUCAACAGUCUCUUGCUUGGCUGUUGUGCCGUGCUGGAACGCAAAGCAGCUUUGGAUCUGAUUACAGAGUUUAGGGACGAACAUGCCAUCAAAGCUGAUGCAACGACCUUUGAGACUUUGAUUUGCUGCGUCUUACUUCAAGCAGAGUACGAAGCGGCAUUCACGAUACUUGAAGAGAUGAAGCAAGAAGGGCAUCAACCCAGUGCAGGUCUCUACAAGAUGCUGGUUCUCAAACUCGUUGCUCAGGGUGAUGAGCGUGUGCGUGUAGCAUUGGAAGAGAUGAGAGGCUGGGGAUACAGGCAGCGUGACGUGGAACGCGUUGUAGCAGAUGGCGGUGUCGUCAGCUACUCGCAAGUUCGACCCUCGGGACAACAAGGUACUGGCUUUGUUGCGCAGAAGCAGGAACUCAGAGCACCAGAAAUCACCAUUCGGCUUGUUCCUGGCUAUCAAAAGUUGAGAGAACAAGUCAAGUGAGUGUUGCAUGGACGGCAGAAACUGAGUUGAUCGCUAUCUAGAAUCUCUUGUAAAACCGUGUAUACCGGGCAGCUGUGCUCUGCUGCAUUUACUGACGGCGUUCAACCGAAGCCUUGAACUGCUCCCGCUGGGCAGCGAGCAUGUUAUCGUUGCUCUGGCUGACACUCAAACGACGGAGCUGUGCGCCAGAUGGCUGUUCAGCUGGAUUCUGGCUGUUUGCUGCUUUUUGUGC